AUGUCUCUACAAAUCACGCAUUGGCAAAGUCCUCACAUGCACGCUUACUUCCCGGCUUUGAAUUCCUUCCCGUCUCUGCUGGCAGAAAUGAUUGCCGAUGCCAUUAAUUGUUUGGGAUUCACCUGGGCAUCUAGUCCCGCCUGCACUGAAUUGGAAGCUAUCGUUAUGGAUUGGCUGGCCAAAAUGAUUGGUCUACCUUCAGAAUUCCAACAUCGCAGUCCCCAGACGAACGGAGGAGGUGUCAUACAGAAUUACGUGGCUGUUGAUAGUGUAAGAGGCUGUAUACAGGAUGGGUUCGACUGUUUUCACGUCGGUUACAUCCAACAUAAUGCUGACGUCAUCUGCAUUCACCAACAUGGCCCUACAUGGCCCAACAUGGUCUACAACAAAAUCCGAAAUCGCGAUCCGGCUAUAUACGCUGGAGACUUACCUCCCUUGGCGCAUUCAUCUGUAGAGAAAGCAACUUUGAUUGGUUUGGUGAAACUAAGACUUCUUCCCACUGAUGAUCACCUAAGUUUGAGAGGAAAUACACUGGAAAUGGCAGUGAAAAAAGAUAAAGAAGCCGGUCUGAUCCCAUUUUUUGUGUGCGGCACUUUGGGAACCACUGGAGCUUGUGCGUUUGAUAACCUUCCCGAGCUGGGAGCCAUCUGUGUUGCCGAAUCAAUAUGGAUGCACGUGGAUGCUGCCUAUGCCGGAACGGCUUUUAUCUGUCCCGAGUUUCGAAAGUUUAUGGUUGGCAUCGAACACGCCCAUUCUUUGGCCUUCAAUGCCUCCAAGUGGAUGAUGGUGAACUUUGAAUGCACAGCAAUGUGGAUCAAAGACAGCACUUCUCUGCAUCGAACAUUUAAUGUUGACCCAUUGUAUUUGAAGCAUGAAAAUUCGGGAGCAGCCAUUGAUUAUAUGCAUUGGCAAAUUCCUCUCAGCAAACGGUUUCGAGCCCUAAAAUUAUGGUUCGUCAUCCGAUCCUUCGGCGUGGAAGGUCUUCAGAAACACAUACGUCACGGAGUCAAGUUGGCCAUUUUGUUUGAGACGUUGAUGAAACAAGAUGAAAGAUUUGAAAUACCUGCCGAACGUCACCUGGGUAUGGUUGUUUUUAGACUGAAGGGUGAAAAUGAACUUACUGAACUCCUUCUGAAGUUGUUGAACAAAUCGGGCAAACUUCACAUGGUCCCAGCUUCUUUCAAGGGAAAAUAUGUCAUAAGAUUCACGGUGACCUCGCAGUACACUACGGAGGAAGACAUCCGAAGCGACUUCAAAACCAUCCAGGACACUUCUAGUGUUGUAUUGAGAGACUUGAGUUUACUAAUGAACAAAACCAAAGAGGACGAACUCAUACGGGACAUACCGGAAAUACCCGAAGAGAAAGCUAUAACUACGUCAUCGGAGGAAACAAAGCUCGAACGAACGCUGUCAAUGAAAAGACGUGAUUUUGGAAUGAGUCUGAUUCUGAGUCAUGUACCCUGCUCACCAAAAUUCAUAAAUGGUAGCUUUGCAGCAAUUUUCGAUAAUAACGAAACCAUUUUGGAGUUUGCGCGUCACCUGACUAGUAGCGACAUCAACGGCCGACCAAUUCGCUUGUCACCACGGCGCGGCGUCAAACUGAGGGAGCAGGCCAAGCAACACAGUUUGGACUUCAGCACUCUGAUUCCUGGCAGACGUAUGUCUACGGGAACCGCUAGAUUCAAGCAGGGUUCGCUGGACACCAAAGUUGACGACAUUCUCGACUCCACCCCAGACAACUACUACAGCAAUGGUUUCGACGAGACUCAUGGGAAGAAAAACGACAAAGAAGACGGAAAAGAAAAUAAUAAAGACGAGGAGGAAGAACAACAAGAACUUGAUGCACAAAACCAACAGCAAGAAGAACAACAACAAAAACAACAGUUUCAGGUGCUGCAGCUGCAACAGAAUCAAUUGCAUUCCGUAUUAGCUGCAUCGCAAGAGAAAGCCUCGUCUUUCCUCGAUAAAAUCAAGAAGCUGACACCGAAAAGGCUCACCGGUGAAACUGCUGCCAAUAACAACAGUUCCCCUGUUAAGAUAUCCAACGGUUUACAUAUGUGUCCUCACUGUGGUAAAUCGAUUGUGUGAAAAGAAAAACUGCAGCGGCGGCGGCGGAAAGAGCAAAUCCAGCCAAAUAUAAAGUAAACCGACCAACCAACAAGCCAACCGGAAUUGAGAUAGAUUAAAGAGAGAUUGUUUUAUUGGAUUAUCAUUAAUAGUGUCUAGAUGGUUCUAUGUAAUUUUAAGGAAAUGAAAACUGGUGUAACUCCAUGAAAUAUCGCACACGUACACACAACAAAAAACAUUUCAACAGAACAUUUUAAACAGAAACACAGUGAAAGCUAUAUAGGUAUAAAUGCGUGUGCAUACAUGCAUGUGUUUGCGUGUGUGUGUGAGCGCUCACGCGUGCGUAUAUGUUAUAUAUGUUUAAAUUACAAUUGUUAUCGCGAAUAAAACACGUGUUGUCCAUGACGUAGUACAGCGAAAUAUUGUGAUGUCAUGGUUGUAGCUAACUUAUUGUAACAUCAUUAAGAGUUUCAUGUUUAUAGUCAAAAUCUUUGCUUAUAAAGAUCAUCAGAUGAACACAAGAACUUUCCGCGCGCUGGUCUGGUAUUGUACUGUCGGUUGCGCAUGUACGUAAAAUAUAGUCUUUAAUGAAGUGUAACUCUUUGCUUCUGAGAGGAAGAUCAACUCCUUUACGUUAGAUAUUUAAGUUUAUCAAUUCUAAAAUUUUUCCAAAUUCUAAAAUGUUCAAAUAUACGCUGUGUAUGUAUGCGUGUGUGUAUAUAUAUGUGAGUGUGUAUGUAUAUGUAAGAGUGUUUUUAUAAUGCGUUUCAUCGCGGGAAGCCAUUUAAUUUGUUUCCAGGAUAUUAAAAUGAAUUUCUUGAAGUGUCUGCAUUUGCUGCAACUGUUAAAUCUGACAUCUGAAUAAACAGUCAUUACAUUUGUUAAGAUCCAUUUGUAUGAAAUACUUCUCAGUAUUGCACAAGCUAGAGAUGCUUAUCGCGUUACUGUUUGGUUUGUAACCUUUAAGAAUUCUCUAGUGGUAUUUUGUUGUUUUCUUCUAUUUUUAAAUACAGUUGGACAGUUUGGUAAUAUUCCUUUUCUCUAAAUUUCCGAAGGAAUACAUAUGAUUGUAAAACGAUAUUUGAAUUUAUCAUCCGACAUGCCAAAACAAUGUUUGCUCUCUGCAUGUAGGUUUUUGUUUCGUUAUGAUGACCCCGGUCUCGUAGAUAAUUGUCUCGACUUCUCAUGACUGACUGAGAAAAACAUGAAUCUUUGCUUUUCUACAAUUUACUUCUAGUUGUUUAACUAGUUUCUAGAAAAAAUAUUUGUUAUGAUUAUUGAGCAGCUAUAUCUUAGUUCCUUUUUUUUUCCAUUGAAUAAUAUCCGGCAACAAUAGCUUAUUGGAAAAUGUUUACUGAUUAAGCUUAAAAGAUUUUUAGCUGUUUUGAAAGGGAUUUAAGGGUGUAAUAUACAUUAUCUGUGUACAUUCUUCGAAAUUACUGGCCUUGUGCCAACACUUGAAACUAUCAAUGGGGGAAACUAUAUCAAAGAUAUCUUUAUUUGAAGUUAGCAUAGAGAUGCUUCGAACCAAUAUUUAAAUUAGGCUUUUGAAGACAAUGGACACAGCGUUGGAAUCUUUGUUGAUGUACUUCAAGGCUUAUAUUUAUUUGUAUUUAGAUUGAAUGUAAUGUCUAAAACGUUAACUAUGCUCAUGUUUUUGGAUAUUGUUAUUUUAAUAUAGAAUUUACUGAAGGCGCUAAUUACAUAUUAUAUAUCAAACAUGUGACAAAGCCAACCCAUCAUCACUAUACAUGCGUAUAUCUAUGAUCAUGUAUAUAUAUAUAUAUAUAUAUAUAUAUAUAUAUACAGGGUUCUUGUAUUUAUAUGAUGUCUUUUGCUGCAAACAUGAAACUUAAAGUUACGGAACAAUAAAGUAACUGGAACUACGAUAACGCAAUAAAUAUGAUGUACUACAUAUAUACAAAUACACAGACACACAGAAACACACAUGUAUAUAUAGACAUACAUACAUAUAUGUAUAUAUACAUAUACACAUACACACACAGACACACACCCACACACAUACACAUAUAUAUAUAUAUAGGUGUGUAUGCGUAAUAUAAGUGUAUGUGAGCAUGUGUAUAUGUGUGCGUAUGUACGUAUAUAUACUUAAACCCAAAACUCGAAGACUUAGAACUUACAAACAGACACACAAAUAAUACUUUGCAUCAUAUUUGAAUAGAUUGGUGUUAUUAUUAUUAUCAUUAUUAUUGUUAUUAUUGUUAUUAUUAUUAUUAUUAUUAUUAUUAUUAUUAUUAUUAUUAUUAUUAUUAUUAUUAUUAUUAUUUUCUUUUCCGGUACCAAACAAAACGUCCAUGUUUUCAGUGAAAGUGAAAGUCUAUAUGUAUGCGUAGUUGCCAUGUUUUAAGUUUAUAUUUGCCAUCGAGAGAGUAGUGUGUCGUAUUGUAGGUUGGUAGUGAUGAUUAAAUGUUGAAUAUAUUAAU